AACCCAUGUGAAAAUCAGCUGAUCAAAAUUAAGAGCGUCUUUUUUAUUUGCUUGGUUGUAAUCGGUAAAGUUAAAUUGAUUUGGGUUUCGUUUUUGUCAUCAAUUAAUUGGGAUCAUGUUUACGGCGGUUUUAAGCGUAUUGGUGGUUGUUAUCGACCCUUUUCUCGUUCAGUUUGGACCGAUCAAGGUGAUCCUAUUAAUGUAAUCAAAGAAGAUGGUAUUUUUAUGAUUGAACUUAAUCGUCCCUCUAAACGUAAUUGUAUUAAUACACCGAUGGCUGAGAAAUUAAUUGCUGCUAUUGAUGAGUUUGAAGGUGAUGAUGAAUCAAAAGUUGGUAUAAUUUAUGGUAAAGGUGGUAAUUUUUGUGCCGGUUUUGAUUUGAAUGAACUGGCCUCAGAUUCAUCAAUUAACUCUCGUCAAAGAAUUGGCCUUGAUAAAUGGAUGAUCUCUAAGCCCAUGAUCGCGGCAAUUGAAGGUUACGCUGUUGCGGGCGGACUUGAAUUAGCCUUGGCCUGUGAUUUCAGAGCCUGUGAAGAAGAUUCUUUCUUAGGCUUUUACAAUCGACGAUUUGGAAUACCCCUUCUAGAUGGUGGAACAGUACGAUUAUCACGAAUUAUUGGUCUAUCUCGUGCUCUUGAUUUAAUUCUAAAUGGUAAAAAAAUCAGUGCUCACGAAGCAUUAAACAUGGGCCUAGUGAACGAAAUUUGUGCCGUUGGAUCGGUUUUGGGUAAAGCGAUUUCAAUGGCUUCCUGUUUACGUAAAUUUGAUCAAAAUGCUCUACUAGCUGAUCGUAAAUCCAUUUACACUUCAACCUUUCAAUCCAGUGAGAAUAUGGAAGAAGCCUUGAAAUUUGAAUAUAGUAAUGGUUCACCGAUAAUGUCAGAAAAUGGAGCUAAAGGAGCUAAACUUUUCCUCGAAGAGGGAAUCGGACGUCAUGGUGCCACAGCAAUUCACAGUCAAGAUGAAAUUAUGGCCCAACAUAAACCAGAAAUUUUCUAGAUAAAAACUAAAUUUUCCCCCUUUAGGACCGUGAGUAUUUUUCGUUGCAACAGAAACAAACUAAUAUCUUUCAACCCCUCAAGGUGAUUAACUAACAGCAUGAUACCUUAACUAAUACCACACCCAUUGAGAAAAUCAUUUAUUUAAUGAAUCGAUUCGACUAAUUUAACCAGAAGCUAAAACAAUCUAAUUUUCCCCUCUUCUUGAAAAAAAAGGUUUCACUUUAUAAUAACAAUUACGUUGAUGAUCAAAAUUGUAUUGUUGUUAUUUAAUCGCAUUAUAAAUUGUUAUUAUUAUUGUACAAUCCAGGUAAUCUUUUUU